UACUUAAACAUCACCCCAACUCACUAUUUCCUCAAUCUAUCACCUCUCUCUCUCUCUCUCUUUCUCUGCUUCUUCUGCUUGAGGCUGGAAAUGGGAUCAAGGGGCACCGGCGAUUCGUCGACAUGGACGCCGAAACAGAACAAGCUAUUCGAGAGAGCACUCGCCGUGUACGGCGAAGAGACGCCGGAACGGUGGAAGAAAGUGGCGAAAGCGGUCGGGGGCGGGAAGUCAGCGGAGGAGGUGAAGCUCCACUAUGAGAACCUUGUUGAAGAUCUCAGGCACAUUGAGUCCGGCAAUGUACCUUUGCCCAACUAUAACCGCGACUCCAACCAUAAGUAGGAGUAUUAAAGGUUCCAACAAUCACUCUUUCGGCUGAGGUAUGUCGGAGGCUCCAAUGGAAUGCUGCCACGUGCUAGUGAUUAUGAUUGCGGGCUCAUUGAAUAUUUGUUUUCGUGUUUUUGUAAUGAUGUUUGUUUAAGGAGUAAUUAAUGUGCAUAAGGAGUGUUAGAUGUUUUUGAGCCAUUGAAAGAUUGCGUAGAUGAAUGUUAUAUGAGCAACAAUUUAUAUGUUUUUGAG